GCCCGCGCGGCUGGGACAUCCCAGUCCCGCUUGGUCCUCCUCGCCCGCCACCGGUGCGUCCAGUCCACGCAGCCAGCCCAGUUCACCCGGUCCAUACCGCCCGCCGGCCGGCCCGUCCCCCACCGCAGCCAUGGACGCCAUCAAGAAGAAGAUGCAGAUGCUAAAGUUGGACAAGGAGAAUGCCAUCGACCGCGCUGAGCAGGCCGAGGCCGACAAGAAGCAAGCUGAGGACCGCUGCAAGCAGCUGGAGGAGGAGCAGCAGGCCCUCCAGAAGAAGCUGAAGGGGACGGAGGACGAGGUGGAGAAGUAUUCUGAGUCAGUGAAGGAUGCCCAGGAAAAACUGGAGCAGGCCGAGAAGAAGGCCACCGACGCUGAAGCAGAUGUGGCCUCUCUGAACCGCCGUAUUCAGCUGGUAGAGGAGGAGCUGGACCGGGCACAGGAGCGCCUGGCUACAGCCCUGCAGAAGCUGGAGGAGGCUGAGAAGGCAGCCGAUGAGAGUGAGAGAGGAAUGAAGGUCAUCGAAAACCGAGCCAUGAAGGAUGAGGAAAAGAUGGAGCUGCAGGAGAUGCAGCUGAAGGAGGCCAAGCACAUCGCUGAGGAUUCAGACCGCAAAUAUGAGGAGGUGGCCAGGAAGCUGGUGAUCCUGGAAGGAGAGCUGGAGCGCUCAGAAGAGAGAGCUGAGGUGGCUGAGAGCCGAGCCAGGCAGCUGGAGGAGGAACUUCGGACCAUGGACCAGGCCCUCAAGUCCCUGAUGGCCUCAGAGGAGGAGUACUCCACCAAAGAGGAUAAAUACGAAGAGGAGAUCAAACUGCUGGAGGAGAAGCUGAAGGAGGCUGAGACCCGAGCAGAGUUUGCCGAAAGGUCUGUGGCGAAGUUGGAGAAAACCAUCGAUGACCUGGAAGACGAAGUCUAUGCACAGAAGAUGAAGUACAAGGCCAUCAGCGAGGAGCUGGACAACGCACUCAAUGACAUCACCUCCCUCUGAGCCCCCACCAGUGUGGCCCCUCGGCCCCUUCUCCCCUCACCAGUGUGGCCCUUCGGUCCCUUUUCCCCCUGCCGAUGUGGCCCCUUGGCCCUUCUCCCCUCUCCUUUCCAUUCUCUCUGUGGGGAGGGGGCAGGCAGAAGGAGCAGAAAUUGCCGGCAUCGCAUAGCCAGCCUGGGCGCAGCCUAGGAGAGCCCCCAUCGCACCUCCUGCCCACCCUGGCGCUUGCUUCUUCCUUCUCUCCGCCCACUCCCUGCUCUGCCCACUGGCCUCUACCUCUCUCUGCUGCUUAAUAAACUCAACUUGGUCUCCA